AUGAAGGAGGAGAACUUCCUCCGACGCAGAUUCUCCUUGUGCCCGACCACCAUCGCCGCCCAGAAGAAUGACAGCAACAAGCUGACGCGGAACCUCUCCUUCGGAGGCGACCAUGAUAUCCAUUCUCUGAGCACAGGGAGAGACGCCGAGCAAACUACAUUACCUACCGUGAAGGACGAAGCUGCGCUGACACCAAACACCGCCAAUAAGAUUGAUAAUAAGCUUUGCAAUGGCACAGACAAAGAAUGUAUAUCUCCCACAUCUAAAUCGGUCAAGAUGGACACUCUCAAGGUGCAGAAGAAGAAUUAUCGGCAGGAGAAGAAGAGAGCCACUAAACAGCUAUUCAGCGCUCUCAAAGAUCCCAGUGUGGUGAUUGUGGCAGACUGGCUAAAGAUUCGUGGAUCACUGAAAAGCUGGACAAAACUGUGGUGCGUGCUAAAGCCGGGGCUGCUCCUGAUUUAUAAAACACCAAAGAUUGGACAAUGGGUGGGGACGUUACUCCUCCACUCCUGUGAGCUGAUUGAAAGACCCACCAAAAAAGAUGGCUUCUGUUUUAAACUUUAUCACCCUCUGGAUCAGUCCAUAUGGGCAGUGAAGGGUCCGAAAGGUGAGAAUGUCGGGUCCAUCACUCUACCUCUACCUAGCAGUCACUUGAUAUUCCGAGCAGCGUCUGAAUCAGAUGGGCGAUGUUGGAUGGAUGCUCUUGAAUUGGCUCUCCGCUGCUCCAGUUUAUUCAAGAUUAAUUUGCCUAAACAUGGAAAGGACGGUGAAGUUGUGUCGCCGACCGAUUUAAAUCACACCGGACUUUAUACGCUGCUCCAAGUGUCAACCGUUUCCGAGCAGGAACUCUUCCAGCUUAACGAAAUCAUUCCGGAAAAUGAUGCUUUCUCGGACAAGUCUGAAAGAGAUAACAUAGAAGAAUCAGAAAAUGAGCACAGCAGGAAAACCAGCGAGAGUGACCAGUCUGAGCUACAUGGAGAGAUCUCGUUGGACCGGGAAGGGACCACCUACAUGGAAGAGCUGUAUGAGGAAUUUGGGGAGGUCGGAGAAGCUUCCCAGACAGAGACGGUGUCGGAUGAAAACAAAAGUUUGAUGUGGACUUUGCUUAAACAAAUGAGACCGGGGAUGGACCUGUCUAGAGUCGUGCUGCCAACCUUUAUACUGGAGCCUCGCUCAUUCCUGAAUAAAUUAUCCGAUUAUUACUACCAUGCUGACAUCCUGUCACAGGCAGCUGUGGAAGAUGACCCUUACUGCCGCAUGAAGCAAGUUUUGAAGUGGUAUUUGUCUGGAUUUUAUAAGAAGCCAAAGGGAAUAAAGAAGCCUUACAACUCAAUUUUGGGUGAGAAGUUCCGAUGUUGCUGGUUUCACCCACAGACCAACAGUCAUACUUUUUACAUAGCAGAACAGGUAAGUCAUCAUCCUCCAGUUUCGGCCUUCCACGUCAGUAAUCGGAAAGAUGGCUUCUGCAUCACUGGGAGUAUUCUGGCCAGAUCCAAAUUUUACGGUAAUUCCCUUUCUGCAAUAUUAGAUGGGAAUGCAAGACUUACAUUCCUGACCCGCGAAGAAGAUUACAUCAUCACCAUGCCCUACGCUCACUGCAAAGGUCUCUUGUACGGCACAAUGACAAUGGAGUUGGGAGGGAAAGUUACAAUCGAAUGUGAGAAGACAGGGUAUGUGACGGAGCUGGAGUUUAAGCUGAAGCCGUUCUUUGGAGGAAGCGACACUUUAAACCAGAUCAGCGGAAAGAUCAAAGUGGCAGGUGAACUCCUGGCAAACCUUGAUGGGCACUGGGACCGGGAAGUGUACUUAAACGAUGUACAGGGCGACAGCAGGGACAUUUUCUGGAAUCCAACGUCUGACAUUAGAAGACAGAGGCUGAAGCGGCACAUCGUGCUGUUUGAAGAGCAGACAGAAAUGGAGUCAGAGAGGAUGUGGCAGCAUGUGACGAACGCUAUCCACGAUGGAAACCAAAACCAGGCCACGGAUGAGAAAUACAUUCUAGAGGAUGCGCAGAGAAAGGCGGCAAAAGAGCGAAAAGAUAAAGACGAGGAAUGGACGCCCCAGCUGUUCAUGUAUGAUGACUCCCAGAAAGAAUGGAGAUAUAAGCAUGAAGAGUAA